AUUUCAAAAGGCACAUGCUCUUCCUGAACCAGAGGAUAUGCCUUGAAUAAAACAAGAAAAAUAUCAGUCAAUUUGGAAGCUUGUAGAAAGAUAUUUUCCCUUGGAUGGAUACACAAGUGUAGGCUAAUGGUUCAUUGAGUCAAUUCUUAUCCCUCCAAUUAAGCUUCUUGUUUUAAUUUGGUCUAAAAGAACUCCUCUUAAAAGCUUUCCACAACAAUGGCUUCCCUUUCUUCCCCAUCACAUUCUGUACAAACCAUUAAUGCUUCAAAAACCAACUUCCCUUCUCUACCAAUAAACAAACCAUUUCACAAGAACUUACAUAUCUCCUUGUCAAAAACCAUUUCUCUUAGAGUAGAGUCUUCUAGUACUGCAAAGUACAAUGAAGUUGUGGUGGACGAAGAAAUGGAUAAGAUUAGAAGGCUACAAAAUGGAUCGGAUGUUCGUGGGGUGGCUUGGCAAGGUGAGAAAGGUCGAAGUGUAGAUCUUACACCGCCUGCUGUUGAGGCAAUAGCAGAAAGCUUUGGUGAAUGGGUGAUUAAAGGUUUGGAAAAGGAGAAAGUGGAAGAUGUUAUAAGGGUUUCUCUUGGAAGAGACCCUCGAAUUUCGGGUAAUAUGUUGAGUGUGGCUGUAUUUGCAGGGCUUUCUAGGGCUGGUUGCGUGGUGUUUGACAUGGGACUUGCAACAACACCAGCAUGCUUCAUGAGCACUGUUCUCCCCCCAUUUGAAUAUGAUGCCUCAAUAAUGAUGACUGCCUCUCACUUACCCUACACUCGAAAUGGUCUUAAAUUCUUCACAAAAAAGGGAGGUUUAACGUCAACAGAAGUGGAGGAAAUAUGCGACAAAGCAGCUCGAAAAUAUGCAAAUAGACUUGCAAAAGUCUCAACACUGCCAAAGCCUCCUACUAAGGUUGAUUUCAUGAGCGCUUACGCGGAGCAUCUACGAGAUAUUAUAAAGGAAAAAGUGAACCAUCCUUCCCAUUAUGACACUCCUCUCAAAGGAUUUCAGAUAAUUGUUAAUGCUGGAAAUGGAUCAGGAGGGUUCUUUACGUGGGAUGUGUUAGACAAGCUUGGUGCAGACACAUUUGGCUCUCUCCACUUAAAUCCAGAUGGAAUGUUCCCUAACCACAUUCCUAAUCCUGAGGACAAAGUAGCCAUGUCCUUAACCAGAGCCGCCGUGCUCGAAAACAAGGCUGAUCUCGGCAUUGUUUUUGACACAGAUGUGGACAGGAGUGGCGUAGUGGACAGUGAAGGAAAUCCCAUUAAUGGUGACAGAUUUAUUGCACUUAUGUCCGCUGUUGUUCUCAAGGAAUACCCUGGUACCACUAUUGUCACUGAUGCUCGUACGAGUAUUGCCUUAACUAAAUUUAUUACCAGCAAAGGAGGACAACAUUGCUUGUAUAGAGUUGGUUAUAGGAAUGUUAUUGACAAGGGUGUCAAUCUUAAUAAAGAUGGCAUUGAAACACAUCUCAUGAUGGAAACUAGUGGCCAUGGUGCCUUGAAAGAGAAUCACUUUCUUGAUGAUGGUGCAUACAUGGUUGUGAAAAUUAUAAUUCAAAUGGUAAGAAUGAAGCUUGAGGGAUCAGAAGGAGGGAUUGGCAGUCUCAUAAAAGAUCUUGAAGAGCCAUUAGAGUCGGCAGAACUCAGAAUGGUUGUCCUUUCUGAGCCUAGAUAUGCUAAAGCAAAAGCAUUUGAAGCCAUUGAAGCAUUCAGAACCUAUAUUGAGCAAGGAAGCUUACCGGGAUGGAAUCUUGACGCUUGUGGAGACUGCUGGGUAAGUGAUGGUUGUCUUGUGGACACUAAUGAUGAUCCAGCUGCAAUUGAUGCUUAUAUGUACAGGGCCAAAGUUUCAGAUGAACAAAAUGGGGAACAUGGAUGGGUUCACCUUCGACAAAGUAUCCACAAUCCAAAUAUUGCAGUUAAUCUCCAAUCCACUGUUCCUGGUGGGUGUCAAUACAUGGCAAAAAUUCUAAGAGAUCGGUUUCUCUUGCCUAGCGGGAUGGACAAAAUACUCGAUGUCAGUCAAAUUGAUAAGUAUGCUAGAAAUGGAAAUCUAAGCUAAGAUGCUUUAAACAUGCUUGAAGUUAAGCUUUCAUGAGUUCUGUCAUUAAUGUUCAAUACAAAAUUUACUUACACUGUGUUCAGUGGACCCAAAAAAAAAAAAAAAAAAAAAAGAAAGAAAGAAGGAAGAAAA